AGCUGCGCUCCGAGCUCCCCCCGCCUGUGACCAAGUGUCUCUAUCUCUGGCGCACAGCCCAGCCUGGAGUCUCCAAACCCAGCAGAUUCCUGUCACUCUGCUCUUCCAGCAGAGGAAGAUUCCUCGUGAGGACGAAAUCUAGAGGUGGAGGCGAAGGCAGAAAUGGCCGGUUCUCAGGGACAGCUCACAUUCAGGGAUGUGGCCAUAGAAUUCUCCCUGGAGGAGUGGGGAUGCCUGACCCACACUCAGCGGCAACUAUACAGGGAUGUGAUGUUGGAGAACUAUGGACACCUCCGCUUCCUGGGUCUCCUUCUGUCAAAGCCAGACCUGAUCAUGUUUUUGGAGCAAGAGAAGCUGCCCUGGGAUGUGAAGAGAAAAGAGACCGGAGGCUUCCAUCCAGGUAUCUUGUGGGAAAGAAAUCCAGAGGACGAAGGGAAAGGAGAAAUGGCCAGUUCUCAGGGACAGCUGACCUUCAGGGAUGUGGCCAUAGAACUCUCUCAGGAGGAGUGGGGCCGCCUGACCCACACUCAGCGGCAACUGUACAGGGAUGUGAUGUUGGAGAACUACGGACACCUCUGCUUCUUGGGUCUCACUGUGUCAAAGCCAGACCUGAUCACUUUUUUGGAGCAAGAGAAGCAGCUCUGGGAUAUGAAGAGAAAGGAGACCAUAGGCUUCCAUCCAGCCAUAUCUUCACAUGACAUCCAGAACUUCCUGCAAAAGCCAAGCAUAGAAGCUUCUUUCCAAAAAGUGACGAUGGGUAGAUACAAAAAGAGUUCCCUUGAAAAUGUAUACUUAAUGACAGACCGGGACGGUGAUAGGGAGAGGGAAGGGCAUCAAGGAUACCAUCAAGGAUAUAGCCCAUCUGAGGCAACGGCGUCUAAUAAGACUCAAAAUGACCCGAAUAGUGAAGGAUAUAAAACAUCGUGGAAAACCUCCCUUUUUAAGUCAGCUGCUUCCACAAAGCAGUGUGUUUCUGUCAGCAAAAGCUCCAUUCAAGUAUUCAAACAUAGCUCUUUGCAGAAAGACAGUUUGGACAAUCUGGAAAGUUAUCUAGUCCGUGCUGGAAACAAUGAUUGGAACCAUUUUCAAACCGGGAUUGGAUUGACCUUUCCAUCAGAUACUUCUGAAAAUCAGAGAUUGAAUAAUGAAGAACAAAGUGCUAAGUGGGAUCCAUACGAGAGCAGCUCCACUGAGGAGUCGACCCUCCGGAAUGACCAGAGCCCUUCCAAUGGAGACAGCAUUGCUCAGUGCCCUGAAUCUGAGAAAACACUUCACCAGGGCUGCAGUGUUCAGAGACAUGUGAGGACUCAGUUUUCAGAGAACCAGUAUGACUGUUAUAGAUGUGGGGAAGUCUUUCAUCAGAGGUCUAACCUUAUUACACAUGAGAGUAUCCAUUUGGGAGAAAAUCCUGAUGAAUCCAGUCAGUGUGAGAAUGGUCCUCAGCAGUCCUCCAAUAUUGAUGAUGAUCAGAGAAUUCAUGAGGCCAAAAACCCAUUCAGAUAUGCUAAACGUGUUCCCACAUUUAGUCAGUCAUCAAGACUAAGUAGAAAGAAGACGAUCCCUAGUGGAGAGAAAACACCCAUUCUUAAGGGACGUGGUAAAGUCUUUGACUGGCACUCAACCCGAUCUCAGCAUCAGCAAAUGAAUACUGAAGUGAAAUCAUACAAAUGUGAAGAAUGUGGUAAAACCUUUAAGUACUGCUCAUCCCUAAGGAAACAUAGGCAAAUCCAUACUGGAAAGAAACUCUACAAAUGUAAAGAAUGUGGCAAAGUUUUUAAAAUUCGCUCAACACUUAUUCAGCAUCACAGAAUUCAUACUGGAGAGAAACCUUACAAAUGUAAGGAAUGUGGUAGGUCCUUUAACCAGCUGGCACACCUUACUCGACAUCACAGAAUUCAUACUGGAGAGAAGCCUUACAAAUGUCAAGAAUGUGGCAAGGCCUUUAAGGAGCGCUCACGACUUGAUCAACAUCACAGAAUUCAUACUGGAGAGAAACCUUACAAAUGUAAGGAAUGUGGUAGGUCCUUUAACCAGCAGGCACACCUUACUCGACAUCACAGAAUUCAUACUGGAGAGAGACCUUACAAAUGUCAAGAAUGUGGCAAGGCCUUUAAAGAGCGCUCAUACCUUGAUCUACAUCACAGAAUUCAUACUGGAGAGAAGCCUUACAAAUGUCAAGAAUGUGACAAGGCCUUUUACCAGAGUUCAUUGCUUAGUGCACAUCACCGAAUUCAUACUGGAGAGAAACCUUACAAAUGUAAGGAAUGUGGCAAGGCCUUUAACAAGCGCUCACGACUUACUCAACAUCACAGAGUUCAUACUGGAGAGAAACCUUACAAAUGUCAAGAAUGUGACAAGGCCUUUAAGUGUCACUCAACCCUUAGUAUUCAUCUCAGAUUUCAUACUGGAGAGAGACCGUACAAAUGUCAAGAAUGUGGCAAGGGCUUUCACCGGAGCUCAGGGCUUAGCCAUCAUCACAGAAUUCAUACUGGAGAGAAACCUUAUCAAUGUCAAGAAUGUGGCAAGGCCUUUAAUGAUCGCUCACGCCUUGAUCAACAUCACAGAAUUCAUACUGGAGAGAGACCUUACAAAUGUAAGGAAUGUGGUAAGGCCUUUAGCCGAACUUCAGCCCUUAGUCAACAUCACCGAAUUCAUACUGGAGAGAAGCCUUACCAAUGUCAAGAAUGUGGCAAAGCCUUUAGCCAGCCUGCACAACUUACUCAACAUCACCGAAUUCAUACUGGAGAGAGACCUUACCAAUGUCAAGAGUGUGGCAAGGCCUUUAGCUGGCCUUAUGACCUUACUUGGCAUUAUAGAAUUCAUACUGGAGAUCAACCUUACCAAUGCCAAGAAUGUGGCAAAGCCUUUAACAAGCGCUCACACCUUGAUCAGCAUCACAGAAUUCAUACUGGAGAGAAACCUUAUAAAUGUAAGGAAUGUGGCAAGGCCUUUUCAUUGCACUCAAACCUUCUUAAGCAUCACAGAAUUCAUACUGGAGAGAAACCUUACAAAUGUGAAGAAUGUGGCAAGGCCUUUUACCGGCGCUCACACCUUACUAACCAUCAUAGAAGUCAUACUGGCAAGAAAAGACCUUACCAAUGUCAAGAAUGUGGCAAGGCCUUUAACCAGAGCUCAGCCCUUACUCAACAUCACAGAAUUCAUACUGGAGAGAAACCUUACCAAUGUCCAGAAUGUGGCAAGGCCUUUAACCAGAGCUCAGCCCUUACUCAACAUCACAGAAUUCAUACUGGAGAGAAACCUUACCAAUGUCCAGAAUGUGGCAAGGCCUUUAACCAUCACUCGGCCCUUACUCGACAUCACAGAAUUCAUACUGGAGAGAAACCUUACCAAUGUCAAGAAUGUGGCAAGGCCUUUAACAGGCACUCAAACUUUACUCAACAUCACAGAAUUCAUACUGGAGAGAAACCUUACCAAUGUCAAGAAUGUGGCAAGGCCUUUAACCAGCACUCAGCCCUUACUCAACAUCACAGAAUUCAUACUGGAGAGAAACCUUACCAAUGUCAAGAAUGUGGCAAGGCCUUUAAUAUCCACUCAAACUUUAUUGAACAUCACAGAAUUCAUACUGGAGAGAAACCUUACCAAUGUCAAGAAUGUGGCAAGGCCUUUAACAGGCACUCAAGCCUUACUCAACAUCACAGAAUUCAUACUGGAGAGAAACCUUACCAAUGUCAAGAAUGUGGCAAGGCCUUUAAUAUCCACUCAAACUUUAUUGAACAUCACAGAAUUCAUACUGGAGAGAAACCUUACCAAUGUCAAGAAUGUGGCAAGGCCUUUAACAGGCACUCAGCCCUUACUCAACAUCACAGAAUUCAUACUGGAGAGAGACCUUACCAAUGUCAAGAAUGUGGCAAGGCCUUUAAACAGCACUCAACCCUUACUCAACAUCACAGAAUUCAUACUGGAGAGAGACCUUACCAAUGUCAAGAAUGUGGCAAGGCCUUUAAACAGCACUCAGCCCUUACUCAACAUCACAGAAUUCAUACUGGAGAGAAACCUUACCAAUGUCCAGAAUGUGGCAAGGCCUUUAAUAUCCACUCAAACUUUAUUCAACAUCACAGAAUUCAUACUGGAGAGAAACCUUAG